AUAGCUUGGCAAGCUGGACGCCAGCGAGGACCGGGCACUGUACGUGCGAUGCAGACGACGCACACAUCCCAUAUCCCUGACCGGACCAACCGGACGGCCCACGCCCUAACAACGUCGCAGCAACAGAAAAUUUGUUGCUGUGCAUCUGAUUUACUCUUCAUAAUGUGGACCAUCAAAUUACUUCGUGUCAAUCAUGUUCCCAAGGAUUUCCGGGAGCCGUUCAUCGUGUCGGGUUACCGAUCCUGCCGCAGCAGUGUCUCCUCCUGCAUUGUCAGUGCCUUCAGUUGGAACAACGAAACCUUUAAUUUCUGGACCCACUUCAUCACCUUCGUCUACUUCAGUUGGAUCUUCACCCAGUGGCUGUGGUACGAGUUGCAAUUUGACGUUGACCCGUUCACCUACCCGCUCCAGGUGUAUCUAGCCUCGGUGUGCCUCUACAUGCUGGUCAGCUCCACUGCCCAUCUCUUCAACUGCAUGUCGGAGAGGUCACGUCACAUCUUCUUCUUCUUUGACUACGGAGCCCUAAGUAUCUACAGUCUGGCCUGCUCCAUCCUCUACAGCUCUUACGUGUUUCCCAAGUGUUUUGUCAACACCAUGUACCAUUCUGUCUUUGUACCAUGCUGUGUGUUCAACGCCUUGCUGUGUACGGUGCUUGCUUGCUUGUCGCGACUUGUCGCCGGCUUGAAGCUGCAGAAGAUUUUUCGCAUUAUAUCAUUUUCAUUGCCUUACAUAUUUUGCAGUUUUCCCCUACUGUAUCGCUGUAUUUUCUGUCAAGGUGACGACUGCGGUCACUCGGGUGCUAUCGAACUUCACAUCUAUCAAUUCAUCUUGUGCACAAUCACCAUCCUCAUCUACGGAACCCACUUCCCAGAAGUCCUCGCACCUGGCAGGUUUGACAUCAUCGGUCACAGUCACCAGUUUUUCCACAUCAUCAGUAGCUUGGCGACUUACUGUCAGCUUCGAGGAAAUAUCCUUGACAUGCAACACAGACGUGAUUACUUGCUGUCUGAGUUGCCAAUGCCAACACUCCUCAACACAGCAGGCGUUGUGGUCGGGGUCCUGAUACUAAACCUCAUCAUCAUCGGCAUUUUCUCCGGUUUCAUCUGGGAGAAGCAAGAUUUGCGUCGAGUCAAGCAAAAACAGGGUAUCUUGACCAUCGGUUGCGAAGCCAGCAAUCUUCAAGUCAAACAGAGUUAAUCAUUAAUGGCCUUGGGGUUCUACUGCUGUCAUAUUGCGUCAUCUGAUAUCCACCUUAAACAGAAGCAAUACAUCAUCGGUUGAAAAGAGCCAUAUUGACCGGAAGUGUCCAUUGCUUGAAAUUGCACCCUCUUUUGGCCCUGCUCGAGGCCCAUUGAGAAAAACCAGACCAGGAUGGACCUUAAGAGAAAUGCCUCAUCCUAAAGGACAUGCUGUUUUUAGCUCGUUCAAAAUUUGCAAGCCCCCCUUUUUACAUACUGUAAAACUUUAACUCUUGUGAACACAUCUUCAAAUUUCUUUCCAAAAUACUGGAUGCUGUGGAAAUAUGGACUCAGGGUAGCACCGAGGGGUGUCAGUUUCCAAACAUUUUCCUGGGAGAGGACAGGCAAUUUCUAACUUUUGCUAGGAAGGGGCAAGUACACCGUAGAUGAAACUUUGCCUGACUCAAGGGGCUGCCGUGUCCAACUUUCAUUGAAAUUUCCCGUUUUGUGAAUUGAACCGUUGAAUACAUGUAGGACACUGACAUGUAGCAGCUCCAUUCUUCUACAAACUCUUGAAUGGGAGGUUAAAAUUCAGGGAAUUUUCGUUUGGCCCUAUCAGUAAAAAAAAUGGAGUGAAAUGGACGCCAGGAGCAAAUAAAUUAGGAUAAAUUGAUUGCAACAUACAGCAUGCAUGCAUGGCAGAAAUGUACAAUUUGAUGUACAUAUAAAGCAUCGGGGCAGUUGUAACUACUACAAACAUAUCUUUCUUUAAUGUUCUACCAACCAGCACUACGCAGAUAACUGUUUAAGACUUUUCAUUUCAGUUAUUUCAUGCCUUAUGAAGUUGUUUCUUCAGACCUUCACGACCUGCACUUCUUUACACAGCAAUAUUUGUUUUCAUAUGAUAUUUGAUAUGAGAUAGUUUGAUAUUAGCCUUGUAAUGCACUUUACUAUCCUUUACAGUUUUGUAUCUUUUAUUUUUAUACUAGAUGUAUGUGAAGAAUUUCAAGAGUGUGCAUGCUGUCUUAUAUUCUUCUGUGGAAGUGGGGUAACUUUUUCAGGGUUCUAAGGUCAGGGUAUACAUUGUUGCCAUUGGGUUAAAGCAACUGAGUUCUGGGUCAGUAGUUCUAGAAAUUGUGCUGGGUGUGUUAAUGUGCCAGCUCGGGGCCUGUUUUCUACAAGGGUUUAGCUUUGCCUUGUGUUUUUCAAAUAUUUAUUCUUGUGGUACACAUCUUGGUAUAGUUGGACAAACAAAAAUGGACUAACGCAAUUCACAGAAAUAAGCUUAGAUACAUGUAUCUACAUAUAUAUAUUUUUCUAGAAGAAAUAAUUUCUCUAACUUCUGUUUGUUUACUUGUAUAUUAUGAAUGUUUCAGACAUGUACAUGGAGUUACAUAUUUGUGCAAGUCAUUUUAUCAUGUCUUAAAACGUUUGAAAAGUGUCAAUUACAUGAAUACAUGCACCUGUCGCAGUGAAUAUGUGCACCUGCCAUGUUGAAUAUCAAUAUUCACCAAUCUGUCAGGUCCUGGGUUUUUUUUGCAAUUGCUCAUGAACAGAAACAAGCUAGGCUCUGUUUUUGUAGCUGAACACACGUACAGAAAUCGUGCUUUAUUAAAUUUUAUCACUUGAAAAUAGCUGGUACUGUGAGACGUGAAUUCUAAAUUAGUUUGUAAAUUUCUGUACCUGUAGUCGGGUAGAAGAGGUUUAAUUAUAAUUGUUGACGUGAUUGUGUUGCAGAUACAUCUAUCUGAAUGUACUUUGUUUGCUUACGGGUGAACUGAGAUUGAGAAAUUUCGUGUUAAAAAUAGACUUGAAUAGCUGUGUGCUUCGAAUGGUUUAUGUGUACAUGUUUUUGUAAUAUUAUUUAGAACCAUUGUUUCUAAUUGCAUCAGUGAAGUGUUACAUUAAUUUCUGGAGGAAACUGGUGUAUUCGACACUUCCUGGGAUUGGAGGUUAGAUUACGCCACUCAUACUGGUAUUUUUAGCGAUUUCUCUGAAUAUUUUUGUAAUGACCUGUUAAGGUAAACUAACACCUCAAAUUUGCUUUUUCUGUCUUUUUCCAAAAAACCAAGCCGUGAAAUCUGCUAACUGUAGUAAGAACAAUGUGCUUGCUAGUCAUGAUAGUCAAUAUAAAAACAGGUUUGACGUGUGUAUUUCUUGAUGUCAACCGGCAGGCUUUUUACAAUUUGAGUGGCUUUGAAAGAUAAGAUAUUUGCCAUUUAAAGUGCCCGUAGAGAUAACUCAGUGUUUCUUGUGACAUAAGCAUUUCUAAUAGUAGGUUAUUUUUGUACUCUGAGUACCAAGUAUAUUUUAUGACCACCAACAGUUUUUCAGGCAUUUAAAGCUGCUUCUGGCAUAAGGGGACAAGUAGAUGAAAACUGAAAAUAGACUAUUAAAUAUUUCCUUGCCCAAGUACUUGUGUUAUAUGUACCUUCUGUCUAUGAAUGACGCGUGAUAAUGACUUUUCAAUAUUCAAAAUAAAUAGUAUAAAGUUACACCACUUAUCUUGUUUGUAGAAAUGGCUAAUAUGUUGCACAUUGGAUUUCAAGCCAUUGAAUAUGAUGGAAAAAUCAGAAUUUUGAUUUUUGGUGGUUAUUUACAAGUGAUAUCUGCUUGUUGGCAGUUUUGACUGCCAUUCAAAGAAAAUCUAAAUAUUGCUUGAAAAAAACUGAAAGGAGUCAGAUUUGAAGUGUCUCUCUUGCUUCAAGGAUUUUUUUCUCUCAUUUAAAAGGUGGGUUUCCAUCACUCUCCAGAAAAAAAAGUAAAAUUUAAUGUGUGUGUGGCGAUACAACGAAAUGCCAAAUGAAACGAAAUGCCAAGCGAGCAGCCAAAGCUUGCUCUCGACAUGUACUCAGCUCAGAUGGGUCUGUCAGUCAUCAUUGCCCUCGUAAAAUGCUGCAUGAGUGACCAAGUUUCCACAAUCAAAAUAUAUCCACCCAGAUGUCUUGUAGGAUUACAUAAACAUGCCUUACAUGUAAACCAGGUCCCAACGCAGAAGUUUGAACUUGCUGUGAAUUUUCCAGAAUAGUCAGACCUUUUUGUCAUAAUCUUUUCACUGAAUUUGGUCAAAUAUUUAAGCAUGCUCGAUGCCAAGCAGUUCACUGACACAUUUGCAUGUAGCACUGAACAUACAUGAGUUGUCUCCGAUUGGAUUGAUGACUAUUUUGGGAAUCCAAAAAUGUUGUGUGUAUUUAUGGUGCAUGUGUAAUAAACUGCACUGCAAUGAGUGAAAUAACAA